GAAAAUAAUAUGACUCCGUGGCCGUUCAAAGAACCUUUGCUUCUGGGAGAGUUUGCCCCUCUCCCCCAGCCGCGGACUGGGGAUGGGGCAUUUCUGAGUCUCAGUUUCCUCGUCUGCGAAGUGGGAGCAAUAAUAUCUCCUUGGGAUGGCUGGGAGAUUCCAGUGACAAGGGGAGGCUAUGCCCAUGGCUAGAAGCAACCCGGAUCAGCGUAGCGGAUAUCUGCUCAAGCUGGCCUUCCCGAGUCCCCGAUGGCAUCCCCCAUGCCCCUCAUCCUGGGCGUAUUAGGCGGGUCACCUGCUAUUGUGGGCUCUUAUAGCGGGGAGGGGACCAAGGUCUCGGAUGUCGCCCUAGAUGUCAACUGUCACCCUCCCUGCCUCCUGCCUGCCUGCCUGCCCCAGGGCUGGGCCUGGCUCCCAGGUGCUCUGGGCCCGGGCAUGGCAGGGCCGUCUCUCCUGUGGCCUGGGCCUCCAUCCUGGGAGCGCUGGGGCUGUCACCGCUGUCCUGCCCUCCUGCCUCCUCCCUAGCUGUGAUCAGUGCCCGCCCGCCUGAGGAGUCGAGUCAUCCUCAUUCCGGGGGGUGCGGUCUCUGGCAGAGUUAAUGAUUGCUCAGGGGCGGUGGAGAUGGUGCCAAAGUCUGCGGGCCACUCUCGCAAUCACCAGACGUGCCCACCUGUGCCUGCGGGUGUCCAUCCGCCACUUCCGCGGCCCAGGUAGGGACCGUACAGCUCCGCUGCAGCAGGGCGUGGAGUCUCUUGCCGUAGGGGUAGGGACCAAGUGCAGUCGUUGGAGCCAAGGUCCUUUCAGACGUGAUGGCUUGGCCAUGGCUGUCCUGCCUCCUGCUUCCUGCCCUCAUCAUGUCUGUGGCAGCCAACGUGCCCCCGCAGUUUGCGUCCAACAUGACGUCAGUGAGCCUGCCCGAGGACCUACCAGUGGGUGCCGAGGCCUUUUGGAUGGUAGCUAAGGACCUGGACCAAGACCCUCUGACCUACGGGAUUAGUGGCUCCUUCGCCUACUUCUUCAAUGUCACCCCGGCCACUGGGGAAGUGAAACUGGCCAGCGCUCUGGACUAUGAGACACUCUACUGGUUCACAGUCACCAUGUCCGUGAGCGACAGUCACAACAACCCAGUGAGUUGGGGUGGGGUGUGGAGGGGGGGGAGGUCCAGAGAUCAGAGGUCAGGGGACUGGGGCCCACUCCUGACUCACGCCUCUACCCGCAUCCCCAUCGAUGACCUCACCAUGGUGGUGUAUGACCCAGACAAGGGCAGCAACGGCACCUUCCUGCUGUACCUGGAGGGCCCAGAUGCCGAAGCCUUCAGCGUCUCCCCUGAGCGAGCGGCAGGCUCAGCCGAGGUACAGGUGCUGGUGAAGGUCCCGUCGCUGGUGGACUAUGAGAACAAGACUGUGAUGUUGGUACAGGUCAUGGCUAUUGACUCAGUCAGCAGAAACUUCUCUGUUGCCUCGGUGACCAUCCACCUUAGAGACAUUAAUGACCACAGACCCACAUUCCCUUAUAACCUGUACAACUUCAGUGUCUUUGAGCACAGCGAAAGUGGCACUGUGGUCACCAACAGCACCCAUGCUUUUGACCCAGACACAGGUGAGGGGGGCCGCAUCACCUACAGCCUGCUUCCGGGGAACGGGGCAGACAUCUUUGAGGUGGACCCAGACUCAGGAACCGUGACUGUGGGAAACAGCGAGCUUCUGGACCGGGAGAAGCAGGCCGUGUACUACCUCACACUGCAGGCCACAGACGGCGGGGGCCUGUCGUCCUCCACCGUGCUGCAUGUCUACCUGCUGGACAUCAACGACAACGUGCCGGUGGUCAGCGGCUCCUACAACAUCUUUGUCCAGGAGGAGAAGGACAACGUCUCCGUGACCAUUCAGGCUCGUGACAACGACCAGCCAGGCACCAACAAUAGCCAUCUAUACUUUAGCCUGCUGCCCAGUCCCUACAGCCACAACUUCUCAGUGGACCCUGACACAGGGCUCCUCAGAAACCUGGGGCCCCUGGACAGAGAGGCCAUCGACCCUGCCCUGGGGGGCCGAAUUGUGCUGACUGUGCGUGUGGCUGACCGUGGCAUGUCUCCCCUCAGCACUCAGGUCAAUGUCACCAUCACUGUGGAGGACAUCAAUGAUAAUGUGCCCGUCUUCGACCAGUUGAACUACACCUUCCCAGUGAAAGAGAAUGACCCAGGAGUGCUGGUGGGUGUGGUGAAGGCCUGGGAUGCAGACCAGACAGAAGCCAACAACCGCAUCAGCUUCAGUCUGUCAGGGAGCGGUGCCAACAACUUCAUGAUCCGAGGCUCAGUGCUGGGGUCUGGGCAGGCUGAGGGCUACCUCAGGCUGGCCUCAGGUGUGAGCCUGGACUAUGAGACCCAGGCCUCCUUCAACCUGACAGUGAGUGCUGAGAACCCAGACCCCCAGGGGGCUGAGGCCACAGCAGGAAUCUUUGUGCCCGUGGAGGACGUGAACGAUGAGCCACCCACGCUGGAUGCGGCCUCACUCCGGGGCAUCCGUGUGGCUGAGAAUGGCUCGCAGCACGGCCUGGUGGCUGAAGUGGUUGCCCGGGAUGUGGACACCGCUGCCCAGCUGGAGGUGCAGCUUGUGAACGUGAUCUGUACUAAGGCUGAAGUUGACGUGGGCAGCCUGUGCCAUGGCUGGUUCUCUGUGCUGGCCAAUGGCUCUGUGCUCAUCAAUCAGAGCGAGGCCAUCGACUAUGAGACCUGUGACCUGGUCACGCUGGUCGUGCGGGCCUAUGACCUCACAACGGACCCCCGCUUCCAGGCCUACAGUGCCAAUGGAAGCCUCCCCAUCACCAUCGAGGACGUGAAUGACAACGCACCCUAUUUUCUGCCUGAGAAUAAGACUUUUGUGGUCAUCCCAGAAGUUGUGAUACCCAAUCAGCAGGUGGCUUUUGUCCGGGCUAGAGACAACGACUCAGGGAGCAACGGGGCCAUCGUGUUCUCCAUCCUCCAAGUGAAUUUCAUCUCUAAGGAUGGGACCGUGAUCCCUUUCCAGGGCUUCUUCCGGGUCUCCAACUCCUCGGAGGCCGACGUGUUCAUUGGCAACAUUGAGCUGGUGACCAGCCUUGAUUCCACUCUCCAAGGUACCUACCAAGUGACAGUACAGGCCCAGGACAGACCUUCCGUGGGUCCUGCCCAGAAAGCCAAGAUCACCCUGAAUCUCUUCACUGUGGACCAGAGUUACCGUGUGAGGCUGCAGUUCUCCACGAACAAGGAGGAGGUGGGCGCCAAUACGGAGAAGAUUAAGGCGGCUCUUGCCCAGGCGACCAGGACUACUGUCUACAUUGUGGACAUUAAGGACAUAGAAUCCACAGCUCGGGCCCGAGGUCGGUCCUACCUCGAUGCCUACUUUGUCUUCUCCAAUGGGUCGGCCCUGACAGUUGAUGAGCUGAGUGUGAUGAUCCGGGAAGAUCAGGACUCACUGACGCAGCUGCUGCAGCUGGGGCUGGUGGUGCUGGGCUCCCAGGAGACACUGGAGUCAGACUUGCCGAAGCUGCUCACUAGCACCAUCAUAGGAUUGGGAGUGGCUUUGCUGCUGGUCAUCUUGAUCAUGGCCACGGCCCUCGUGUGUGUCCGGAAGAGCUACCACCGGAAGCUUCGGGCUAUGAAGGCUGCCAAAGAGGCCCGGAAGACAGCAGCGGGGGUAAUGCCCACAGUCUCUGCCAUCCCUGGGACUAACAUGUAUACCUCUGAGAGGGCCAAUCCUAUGCUGAACCUCGACACCAACGACCUAGGCUUUGAGUCUCAAUCCUCCACCAGCGACCUGGACCAUAUCAGCCUUAACUCCCUGGACAACAACACCGUGGACCUGGAAAAGGACAAACAGAAAUCCAAGAAGGAGCCCCUGCAUAGUUCGAUGGAGGCAGAUGAAGAGCCCCUGAGUGUGGUGCUGUCAGGAAGAAAGGCGGGCACAGGUGGGCAGCAGAAUCAAGUGUCGUUCACCAAUGCUGGCCUGGACACCACAGACCUGUGAUGGGCCCCCCUCUGCUGGUCUACCUCUGAAGAGGACCUGUCUCCCCCAAACUAUACCUACCCUCCCUGAACAUAAUAUAUUGUGUUGCUCUGCUCCCUUCUGCUUG